UUCGGCUAUGCUUUUUCGACGUGUCGUCAGCACGAGUUAAGUUAAUUGUGUUCAUUUAAUCAAAAAUUGCGACUUGGUUAAGGAUUUGUUGCGCCGACGAACUAAGAGGCUAUCAUAAAUCAUUUUUGGGGAAGCAUGACUUACGAACUGCCGCCAAUCGUUUUGGAGGGCAAAGAACUGAUUAAAUACCGCCACCUAAAGCGCAAGUACCCUGUGUCCACGGCCUUCCUGCAGCGCAACUGGUGGAAUGUAAAGAGGUUCAUAGUGUACGCCCUGAGUCCACGCUGCGUCAUCAGGAAUUAUGCGUGGAGGAGGCGGCGCAGCACACACGUGCGGAUCGUGCGACGAGUCCGGAUCCUGCUCUUCGAUCCGCGUCUUAAGGCGAUGAUUAAGCGACGCCUUCAAAACGUGAGACAGUGGUCCAGGACUCUGGUGGGUUAUUACCGAAAGCAGGGUAGGGUCGAGGAGUAUGAGGAGACAGAGGUGUACAGCGUCGCCCAGCCCCUGGGAGCCGAGGAGCUCUCCAAGCAGAUGAAACAGCAACUGGAGUUGCUUAAGACCGGCAAAAGAAGUCUGUCCCUUAUAGAAGACUCUAUUCCCAGUUUGGAGGUUCCAGCCAAAAAGCUUAAGGACCAUUCCAAGAUCUCCCAGGUGACACCAGAUGAAGCCAUCGAUGAUCAACUGAACUUAGACCUGGCAUCUUCCAAGGAGGCUACAGAAAGGACACCCACAAAGUCACCCGCCCAAACAGCCGCCUCGGAGGAUGCCCCAACUCAGGCUACUCCCAGCAAGGAGCAGAGCGGGCAGAUUAGCACAUCCUCUAGUGCAGAGAAGUCGGAAAAAGCGGCCGGCGGCAGCAAGUUCCUGGAUAUGCUCAUCAGCAAGGUGCGGGUGAAAAACUUUGCGCGGCAAGAGAACAUACCCACAGAAGCCUCGGCGACUUCCUUUUUUGUUUCCGAGGACGAUGGCAGUGAGGAUUUUGUGGGCUUUGACGAGAGUGUCCACCAGCCAGGCAUGCUGCUCACGCCGCUCGUCCCUACUAACUGCCAAACCACGGAGGGAAACUGUGCCUUCGUCAGUGAAUCACUGGAUGCCUACAUGCGGGAGCAUCACAUCAACGACUUGGACUCACGGCAGGACGACAAGGACAAGCUGCUCGAACCGAUGGGACACGAUGGGCAAGUUACAUCGCACAGUAUGCCGCCGCCGAUGGACAUGCCAGCCGUUCCGGAGGCUUUGCAGCGGCUGCGAACGGUGGGGGAACGGCGACAGUAUCUGCAGCGUUGCAAAAACCAUAAGAUGGGCAUUAUCAACAACGAGGCAAACAUAUACAGGGAGUUGCAGCGAAAGCAGAGACACCUGAAGGUCAAGAUCGGGGCCAUGCAGGGACUGCAGGCGCCCGCCUCCCAGAUGCCCUUCUCCCGCCAGGGUUGGCAGGCGGCCAGUUAUGUGGCCACGGAGGACUCAAAUUACUAUUAUCAGGUAAUUCAAGUGGAUGGCGAGAUGGUGCGUCUACCGGGCGCGCGGGGAAAUAAUCUAAAGCGUGAGAAGAGCCCGUACUUGAGCAAACUAACUUGCGAGGAGAAGAACAAAAUGAAGUGUCACAGUCAAUGCUUGGAUGCCCGCAUCUGCCGGGAGCUGAGAGUGAUUCCUACGAAAGUUGAUCCACCGCGAAACCCCAAGAUCCUCAACCAGUUUCCGCUGCCGUCCAUCUUUCGUCCCUGCCCGUUGUCCAAGAAACCGCUUCAAAGACCGCUGGACGAUGAUACCGCCGCGUUGCUCUUGGCCGGAGGUAGUAUGGCUGUGGUCAGCAUGCCGAAUGUGCAGCUGGAUGUUAUGCCUCAGCUGGGGCGGCCCCUGGACGAGAUUGCCAAGCGAUAUCUUCAGCACAUCCUGCCUCAUCACGACAUAACGCGCGAAUGGGCCGAGUUCAGUGUGUCUACGCUGCAAGCCCCGCCUGCCUGCAUGAAAGAUGCCGAGGAGCAGGCUGCCCAAACGCCAGCUGGUCGUCGAAAAAGUUUUACCUUCGUUAUUCCCUACCUUAACGAUCGGAAUCAUAUACUAGUACGUCGAGUGGUGGACCGAUCCGAGCAGCUGGACAAUAGCUUUAACGAGGAGCCCAAUAAACUGCAGGAGUUUGGCUUCCGGGCGAAACUUCCCACUCUGCCGGAUGCCGAGAUCCUGGCCUGUGCAGACAUGAUUAACGACAUGAUCAACACCGUUGCUAUCAGCUGCAGCGAAAACAGUUUCAUAAGCGAGGAUCCAGAUGCUGCAACCAACAGUGCUCUCAACUCCAAGUCCUCUGAAGUAAGCCCCGCGAAAGAAGAGGCUGGUAAGGAUGUCGAAAAGUUAAACGGCAAGCCAAAAGGACUGCCUAACAAGCAGAAGCGCCUGGCUAACGAACUGAGGCGAUUGAAUGCCACCAUCAUUGACGCUGCUGCCAGGAACACAGACGCCAACAAGCCGUGUAUUAAAGACUUCUGCCAGUUGGGAUGCAUUUGUGCCAGCUUGGCAGGUACUGAGUUACCUGUACGAGAUCACUGCGGAAGGGCAGAGUGUGUCCUGGAUUGCCGUUGCCUGGGCGCGGAGCAGGGUCGUGUAAUGCGCGUGGACGCUGCAGAUGGACGCGGUAUAUCAAACGAGGACGCGUUUAACUUGCGCCGCAAAGCCACUGCGCGUUUGGCCAAGAUGGAGAAGGACUUCACGUCCACCUUAGUGCUUACCGACAACGAGACGCUGUUAAUCAACGAGUCGCAGGGCGACAAGAAGCGCCGCUGCACAAAGGCACCCAAGCGCUACGAAGACUUCGACGACACGAUGUUUGACGAGGAGGAAAAGAAUGUCGUGUCGCCUACCUCGAAGAAGCAAAAGAAAAUAGCCGCUGCUGCUGCAGCUGCAGCCGCCUCUGCUGCUGCUGCUGCCGCCGCUGCCAGUGCCAAGAUAGCCGCUCCUGCACUGACCGAGCCCGUACUGGUGAGAGACACGGAUCUGGCCAAGCUGAAGCACUGCUUAGUGGGGCUGCGCCGCUUGCCGGACAUCGACAACUUGGCCAUUUUCUGCAUGACCCACCAGCUUUACAAAUGCUUCUGUGGUGGCGACUCGCCCGAUGGCAAGCCAGUGGUAAUCGAAAAGGAGCAGUGGAACACACCGGUGACCCACUUCAAUCCGGAUCUGGCCACCAGGGCGCACUACAGCUUUGAGAGACCGGCGGAAGAGGUUCCAGCGAAGAAGAAGGGCAAGGUCAAGGCUAAGCUAGAGCAGAAGCCGGCCGAGGAUGAUCAGAAACCGAAGACUUCAUCGGAGAAAACAACUUCGCCCACGACUGAAUCAAAAGGAGAGCCGAAAGUAGACUUGUUUGACGAUGAUUCUCCCUUGCAAAGGUCAUUUGAGCUGGAUACGAUAUUCAACUACUACCGUUCCCGGCCAAACUUUUGCCGCAGAGCCAUCUCCGUGCCUAAGAGCUCCUACCAGCGCCUAAACAAACGUCGAGCUGAACGCUUGCGUCACUAUACGGCCCGCCAAGAGACUCCAGAAACGGUAGAACUGCUCAAGGCCCGCAUUCAGGGUGCGAUCACAUACUACCGCAAGGAGCUCGAUCGUCAACGCAAGCGGGAGCUGACUAAGAAGAUGCAAACGCCCCCCGUCAUAGAGGUGCGAGAUGACUCCGACGGCAGUGAGGUCAGCAACCGGCAAAAGAGGAGCGGAAAACCGGCCAAGGGGCCGACUCCGGCAAAACGGAUAAAACUGCUGUCGGAUAAGCUUUCGCCGCCGGAGGAGGAAAACAAGUUGGAUAUUCAAGUUCCCCGUAUUGCCGCCUGUUACUCCCUGAACUCGGCCUCUGUGGAUGUUCUGGGGUCUGGAAUGGCAAAUGCAGCCGCUGCAGCUGCAGCCGCCACUGGUGCGGCACACUGCCCCUCCGAGACAGACUCUCCCAACUUCCGAUCCUUCUACAACGAGGUCGUGAAAAACAUGAACACACUGGUCAGCAAAAAGAUGCAGGAUAUAGACCUCGCUCUGCAGCGCGAAAGCAAGAUAAUUCCGUCCCCCAACGAGGAGAUCCUCUGCAUCAUCAAGUGGACCAACUUUCUAGCUGCCUAUGAGUCCGGGUUCGUGUUCAUUUGGGACGUGCAAAUGAAGAGUCACAGCUUUCUGGCGGCAACCACCGCCAACUUGAUGCCCUCAGUGUGCGGCGCAAUCGGAGUGGUGAACACCAAGUUUGCGCCAGAUCCGCAGGCACUGCCUCUCAUGGCUAGAAUGCUGAUGAAUUCGACGCGCAAUGAGAACACCAACCGACUGGCGGUGGUGAUGCAGGGAAGGCAGAGUUAUUGGCUCGUCAAGGGUUUCCUGAGGCACAUGGAGGGCAAUGCCUGCACGAAGCCCACGCCGCAGACGCACCCGCUUCUGACCAAGAAGAUCAACGUAUUGUGCUCGCUGCUGGUGAAGCAGCGCAUUAGGGAGCAUCAGAAGAAGCUCCAGAGCGGUGACGGCUCGCCCUCAGACAGUUUGGCAGCAGAGGUUCCUCCACCGAGCUCGUUGCUCUUUAGACAGCGCUCUCAGCGCGAACAGAAGGGGCCCAAGAGCGCAGAAGCGUCAUCCAGUUGCACCUCACUGGAGAGGUUGCCAACAGUAUCACCUCCGUUAGGUUUUACAAGUGUAUCUCAGCCUUUGCCGACCAGUAGUACUCCAGGGUCUAGUUCUGAAUCUGUUAAAUCCUCUGCCGUUCCUGCCAAGAUCGUGUCUCCCGCUAUAAAGCCCAAGUCCAGUGCUUCUGGAAUCCGCAGCAACAUCGAGUUCAGAAAGGUAAACCACUGCGAUGUGGACGAACUGCAAAUACCCGAACUGCACAAGACCGACCACCGUUGGGUGGUGCUGGACAUCUUUGACGACUUUUCGCACAUCUUCGUGCCAGCCUUCGGGGACAUAAUCUCGUUGAUCAGAAUCUACAGCGUGAUGCAGGUGGCUCAAGAGACGCAAAAGGUUGUGAAGCUGCAGUUUUUCCCCAAUGCGCCUUACGAUGCCUUUGUCACGCCUUCGUCUAGGAAAAAGAUCUACUUUGGACCCCUGAGUCUGGAUAUGCCGCCGCCGGUACUUGUACUCCUGCAAAGUGUUGACCGAAAAAUGAUGCUUCGCGAGGUGUACCAGCGGGAGCACUCCAUUCCCGUCCAGCGGGACCGUCGGAGUAUGGCCAUCUGGGUACUGCACGUAAACGGGCAGGUGCACUUUGAGAUCGACAUGGAAUCUACGGUUAAGCUUGCGGCACAACAGAAAGAUUCUACGGCAACGUCGGGUCCUAAUGUGGUCAAAAUACCGUCGCAACUGUCGGUGGAAUUAGAAAAUAAUAACGAUGAAGUACCUCCGGUGGUGAUUAUCGACAGUGACGAAGAAGACGAUGAUGAGGAGGAUCAACUUGUGAUUGACGAGCAGGCGGACCAGCAGCUGAUGGCGGAUAUUAAGGAAGAGCAGCUGUCGCGCACAAACUUCACAAUUCAGACAAUUCCCUCUAGUGGCGCCCUGCAAAUCACUGCCGCAGAGUCGGCAACCCUUACCUCACGACCGCCGAGGGAGGCGACCACCUGCCACCUUUCUGGAGGGUUUAUGCCCUACAUUGCAAACGUUCCCGUUAAGAACGGGGAGGCCCCGCCCACUACCCAAUACCUAACUCCCCAAGUGCAGCUUACCACGUCGGCAAGUGUUUCUGGAGUGGUCUUGCCCAGUUCCUCCGCCCAACCCCCUCCAGCGAAAAUCAGUCGUUUUUCGGCGACACCCAACAAGAUCAACGAAUCAUUGCAGGAGUUGCUAAGCAGUGGGAAUAAUAUAACGCCGGGUAGCAUAACGAUCACCAAGAUGGACAGCAAGGAAAAGAAACCGAUCAGCGAUGUUGUCCAGACUGAUAACAAACGCUUCAAAAUUGCCAAGCGAGCAACUAAGGCUUUACCAGCACCCGCCACAAUGACGUCCGCAGUCGGACAACUUGGCAACAGACCUCUGGCGGGGUCUCUUGCCAAGGGCAUUCCGGCAAUCAGGCCCGUGCCAGCAAGUCCAAGCACUUUGGUUAAGCUGUACCCCAGACCGGCUAUGCCCACCAAGCGGCAGUCCACGCCGGCAAAUGCUAAGACGACGGUCCCGCCGAUGCCUCGUCAGUCUCUGCCAGCCAAGAUGGGAAUCUCCAGCAACAAGCCAUCUCCGGUGUGCGCCACGAAGUUGUCCGGGUCCGCUGAGUCAAGCAUACAUCAGCUGCCUUCCCGUCAAUCUUUGCCAGCUAAGGUGACUGCCAAACCCAUGGUGGCAGCUCGGUCGGAUCCAGAUCUAUCUUCUAGCCGACCGGCAAGCAAUGUGUCUGCAGCUCAGCCCUCAACCGAAGAAUUCUGCCAUGGCGUCAUUUGCGCCAAGGGUUUGCCGCGCUUUCGCGUCAAAGUGCAAGGCUCUGACUUUAUGGUCAAGAUACCCGAGGACGGCGUCCUGCGCUUCAAGACCUUCGGAGCAGCCGCCAGCUAUCUCAACCGCCACCUUGUAAAAAAUCCUCAAUUCAAGUCACUCUUGCCGGCGCAGUGGAAGUUCCAGUCAUUGGACCAGUCGCGCAACAAUCAAGUCUCCAUGGCGGCUAUCAACGCCUCCCGUGUGCCAUCUAAAAAUCAGCAGCCCCCGGCCGCCAUCGUAAUCGAAGAUUAAAGCGUCCUUUCCUUUGUUUGCCAUUGCACUCAGUUGUUUGUUUAUUUACGAAGGAGUGUUUUGAGGCAAUGCGCUCAGCUCAGCAGUACACUCCUUCUUUCCGGAUACAUAUUUAAUAUGUAAACUGAUUAGGUUAUAGUUAUAGUCAUCACCAUGUAAUGUUCUUAUUGAGUUUAAUAAGGAUUAAUUAUUUUAUUAAAUUGUGUAAAGCGUGAUAGCAAUGCCUGCCACUGUUGCGGCAGAUUUUUACGGUUCACAUCCAAUAUUACAUAUAGUAUUGUAAUGUUAAUUUUGUAUAAUCUGAUAUUUAAUUCCAAGUUUAAUUUUCUGAAGAUUGUCAUUUAAGUAAAUCAUUAAACAGAAAAAAUUAACUAAAGAAAAUACUUAAAAUUGUGGAAAAACGAAGAAGGUUUGUUUCGAUAAG